ACCACCACCAAUGUCGCUUCCACGGUUCUGAUAGUCUUUGGAAUUACCAACUCGUCCCAGCUCAUCCUACUUACGCCCAUCGAUUUCAGCUGAACCGUUUGACCCAUGGGCGCUUCCCUCGUUGCACGGGUUGAGGGUAUUGGCGUUGAUGCGUUCCAGCUUGUUACUGACCGAUUACUGCGCGAUCAUCAGGCUCUACCCAGGGAACGUUGGCUUGCCGUCAUCCGAAGUUUUAGGCAGCCCCUCCCACCGAUAGAACACGCGACCAAGCCUCCCGACCGACAGGAUGACGCGCUAGAUGAUCGAAAUAAGGGCAAGAAGCAGCGAACGAUGUACUGUCUGCGUCAUUCUGGAAAGCCGGGCCAACUGGUUGCUUUGAUCGAAGACGCAGAAGCUCCCAUUCGGUCUCAUGAGGAUAGAACGUCUCAACAACCUGACCUCAGUUCCCCGUUCGAUUCUAAUGAGUUCCACAAGAAAACAGAAGAUGACCCGCCAGCCUCUCAAAACCAUGAGAAACAUACGGGAGACGUGAACACGGCAGACUCCCAACCCACACCAGUCGAUCAACCAUCCACCAACCACAACGGAACUGAAACUGCGGCACCUCACAUUGCGGUGACUACCGAACAGGAAUCUGCUGACAUGGUGUUGGAUGGAGCUAUCAAAACCCCAUCAGUCAAAAUUGCGCCAAGUCACUACCGAGUUUCAAUCGUUUCAGUUCCUGAUUCUUUCGAGCAGCUGUUAAGCUCUACCAUUUGUGCCCCUCAAACCUCACUAAUACCAUCAGCUUGGUGCCCUAGGCCGAACAUCGUCGCAAUUGAAGGCAUGUCUUGGGGAAUAUACUCAAGUUCAUUUGAAUCAGAAAUUAGCCCUACAUCCAACAUGGGAUCGAUGGCUUCAAGCAUGUGGACCAAGGACACUCAGCCGGAUUGGUGGAUUCGCCUUGGCACAGUUACAAACAAAGGGGCCACAAGUGGCAACACCAGUCUAUCCUGGCUAAUUCUUGAGCUCGAGUGUGCAGCUUCCCCUAUCGAGCUUGAUCCUUCCUUUGAGCUUCUGGAGAGUGUCAUGCAUGCACUCCUUAGACCUGACGGAAAGCUACUGGUGAAGCCCUUUCGGCCGACCGCAAGAAGUCUAAUGGAGGCUGGUCUAACGAGCGAAGAGAGUAAUCUUACAACAAGCUCCCCCCAUCCACCAAAAACGGCGACCCUCCGAAACGGAUAUUGUAUGCUGAUGUUAGCUAAACAAGAAAGUUUAAUAUAAGAACCUCAUACCUUUCAUGUAUUGGUGAAUCUAUCUGGGCACGCCCAACAAACUGUAUUGCAAUUAUGUCAAUGUGAACGUUGCUUUUUCCUGAAAAGAAUGACCACUUUUUUGUAGCAUUUGAGGGGAGGUAGAGACUAGAGUGGGGAAAAUGGAUAAUAGAUGCUCAAACAA